AGCUGUACUAACGUGAUGUCAGAACGCCGUUGAGCUCAAAAAAUGUUAGCCUGUGUUGUUAAGUCUGAAAGCUACAGGGGAUUUGCCAGACGGAAAUAAUACCGUUUUAUCGCCGAGAAACACAUGCACAGGCCACACGAUCGCGUCGCGUGUUUUUAUACGUUUUUAUAUCCUCGUGAAGCGAGCGUCUUGGGUUUAUCCUGAGAGAAAGUUCGUUGGUUUUUUUGUGGGAGUGAUGUCGAAUCCUGGGACUCGAAGGAACGGGUCAAGCAUCAAAAUCCGACUGACAGUAUUAUGUGCCAAGAAUCUAGCAAAGAAAGACUUCUUCCGGUUGCCUGAUCCUUUUGCCAAAGUGGUGGUGGACGGCUCGGGUCAAUGCCACUCUACAGACACGGUCAAAAGCACACUGGACCCCAAGUGGAAUCAGCAUUACGACCUGUAUAUUGGGAAGACCGAUUCCAUCACCAUUAGCGUAUGGAACCAUAAGAAGAUCCAUAAGAAGCAGGGUGCGGGAUUCUUAGGCUGCGUGCGGCUCUUGUCAAACGCUAUCAGCAGACUAAAAGACACAGGCUACCAGCGUUUAGACUUAUGCAAGUUAAACCCAUCUGACAGUGAUGCUGUCCGUGGACAAAUCGUUGUGAGUUUGCAGACCAGAGACAGAAUUGGCAGUGGAGGGCCUGUGGUGGACUGUCGAGGACUGGUAGAGAAUGAAGGGCCAGUCUUUGAAGACUCGGGACCCGGACGGCCUCUCAGCUGCUUCAUGGAGGAGCCCAUGCCAUACACCGAUCCCACAGGAGCCGCUGGAGGGGGCAACUGCCGUGCACUUGAGUCACCCAAUCAGGAACAACGGCUCCAAGCACAACGCAUCAGAAACCAGGAUUCCCGAGGGCACACGCACACCCCCCAGAAUCGACCGCACGGACACCAAUCCCCCGACCUCCCUGAGGGCUAUGAGCAAAGGACCACCGUGCAGGGCCAAGUCUAUUUUCUGCACACACAGACUGGCGUGAGCACCUGGCACGAUCCCAGAAUACCCCGGGAUUUGAACAGCGUGAGUUGUGAGGAGCUGGGCCCACUGCCGCCCGGCUGGGAGAUCAGGAGCACUGUGUCAGGACGAAUUUAUUUCGUCGACCACAAUAAUAGAACCACGCAAUUCACCGACCCCAGGUUACACCACAUCAUGAGCCAACACUCUCAGGUGAAGGAGUCGAGCCAGGCUCUGCCCGUGCAGAUGGAGGUUGGCAUGGAGGAGGGUGAUGGAGAGUUGCCGGUGCGCUACGAAAGAGAUCUUGUCCAGAAACUCAAAGUUCUCCGGCAUGAGCUCUCGCUGCAGCAGCCUCAGGCCGGCCACUGCCGCAUAGAAGUGUCCCGCGAGGAGAUCUUUGAGGAGUCUUAUAGGCAGAUCAUGAAGAUGAGACCCAAAGACCUGAAGAAGCGGCUGAUGGUGAAGUUCAGAGGCGAGGAGGGGCUGGAUUACGGAGGAGUUGCUAGGGAGUGGUUAUAUCUGCUCUGCCAUGAGAUGCUGAAUCCAUACUAUGGCUUGUUUCAGUACUCGACCGAUAACAUCUACACACUACAGAUCAACCCAGACUCCUCCAUUAACCCUGAUCACUUGUCUUACUUCCACUUUGUUGGGCGGAUUAUGGGUCUGGCUGUUUUCCACGGGCACUACAUUAACGGGGGCUUCACCUUGCCCUUCUACAAGCAGCUCCUGGGGAAACCCAUUCAGCUUUGUGACCUUGAGACCGUGGACCCAGAGCUGCACAAGAGUCUCGUCUGGAUCCUAGAAAAUGACAUCACAUCUGUUUUGGACCACACCUUCUGCGUAGAACAUAAUGCUUUCGGCAAGUUCCUCCAACAUGAGCUCAAACCAAAUGGCAAGAACAUCCCAGUCACAGAGGAGAACAAGAAAGAAUACGUGAGGCUGUACGUCAACUGGAGGUUCAUGCGAGGCAUCGAGGCACAGUUUCUUGCCCUGCAAAAGGGCUUCAACGAACUCAUACCGCAGCAUCUGCUCAAGCCUUUCGACAACAAGGAACUUGAGCUGAUCAUCGGUGGUUUGGGGAAGAUCGAUCUGAACGACUGGAAGGCCAACACGCGGCUGAAGCACUGUGUGGCUGACAGCAACAUCGUGAAGUGGUUUUGGCAGGCGGUGGAGUCGUUUGACGAGGAGAGGAGAGGCAGACUCUUACAGUUCGUGACAGGCUCCACACGCGUCCCUCUACAAGGCUUUAAAGCACUGCAAGGUUCUGCAGGACCAAGACUCUUCACUAUUCAUUUAAUUGAUGCCAACACAGACAACCUGCCCAAAGCCCACACAUGUUUCAACCGUAUCGACAUCCCGCCUUACGAGUCGUACGAGAAGCUGUAUGAAAAGCUCCUGACAGCAGUGGAGGAGACAUGUGGUUUCGCAGUGGAGUGAGCAAGCGCCCUGUCCAGCCAGCCAGCAAUGGCAGCAAAAGCCACCAAACAGCCCCUGCCACCCUCUCACACCCCUCCCCUUCUGCAGGACAGACGGACUGGUGUCUCCCGACAGACUUUAGCAUCACACUGCAGUGGAGGGCAGCGAACACCCUAGGUGUUUCAACUCAUUGACUAAUGGUUUUGGCAUUACCACAACGAGUUCCAGAGGAAAUGUAGUUUCUCAACAAUGCAGUUGGUAUCGUCUUUGUCACUGAAGCGGCGGGUUGAUGCGCGAGUGUGUUUGUGCUGCAGUACAUAGAGCCUCGCUGAGCCCGUGAUCUACUUGAAGUAGAGCUCACGUUUUUUUUAGUCUAGGGGGAGGAUUUUAACACACACACACACACUCAGAGCCUGUGACCGUUAAACCAGUUUACCUACAGAAAAAUGUGUCUCAAAGGACAAGGCUUGCGUUUGUCAUGCUCGAUGUAUGUAAACGUCUCCAAUUGUUUUCCUUUUUUUUUUUUUCCCCUUGCGUCCCGUUUAGUGCUAUAGGAUGACAUUUCAGUGGUAUCCAUUUCCUGUGCUCUUCAGUUCUCAUUGUAGAAAUUUUAACUCGAUUGCUUGAAAUGUAUUGUUGAAAUGAUUAUUACUAUUAUUUUUGUGUCUAAGAUCAAGAACAUGCUUGACGGCGAGUCUUAGUCCUGUUGUGGGAACUGAAUGUACCAGCGCCCAUGUGUUCAUGUUGAAGCACAACCAUCGUGUGCGGUCGAAACACCAAAUGUUCUCACGGAGUUACAGUAUUUUUGUCGCAGAACUUCUUUUAACCCUUUUUUUUUUUUAUCCAAUGUAAGCAAAACAUUUGAAUUUGAAGCAUGUCACCUUCUCCAAUGGCGUUCGGCUUCUUAAACCGAACUCGUAAGAAGAUCAGAUGCUUUAAAGAAGCUCUUCUUGUCCUUAAUUUUGAUGGACCCCGUUAAUCUUUUCCAAAUGAUUAUUAUAUGGUAAGCAUUAACCGUUUUAACCUACCGUAAACUUGACUGUUAUUUGCUUGUUUCGUUGAUCAAAACCACUGCUUCGUGGAACAUUCGGCACUUCCGCUGGCACAUGUACGAUCGGAGUGGACGAAUGCUUCGCUCCUAGACUCUGACGGAGAGGCUUUUCUGGUUUUGGUGUGCUGAAAGAGCAGGGAAGUGUUCAAGAUUUCAUUAUGUAGUGCUUGACGUGCAUGGCACCAGAUUAUUCUUUGUAAAUGUAAAGGAUGAGCCAACCUCAUGGUGUUUCUUCAACCACUUUUGUCCUUUUUCUUUUCCUCCUAAUUUUUUUUAACCAAUUAUUUAUUACCAUGUAAUGUCUUUUUAAGUAUUGCUGCUAUUACCAUUAUUCCAUAGUUUUCAGAGAAAGCUGAGUUCUUGUGAAAGCUGUACACUAAUCUCUUUUAUUUUAUGUAUGAAUCAAAGUAUUUAAACCUGCUGCUGAUUCUUCAGGAGGUUAAGAGGAUCGGUUCGCCUGAUCUUUUGACCUGGAUGGAGUUGGCGAGUGAUGUAGGCCAGGCCCCGGUGGUCAUGUUCAUAUUUGUGAUAUAUGCAAUAAAAUCCAUCACCUUUUUAUUCUUGGUUCUGUCUUACAAUGUCUUCUUCCUCACUUCAGAUCGGUUGGGAUGUGUCUUUGACGAGUGUGCAAAAAUGAAGUUUUCCAAUUUUCCAAAAGACCGUGAAUGCCUACAGUGGUGAACCGUUUUUAAAACUUGCAUACAACACAAGAGAGGUGAUGUUUAAUGUUGUGUAAUUGUGGGAAUGGCUAGUGAGCUUGAAGAUGAGUCUGGACUUUGCCUGAAGUUACAGUUGUUUUCAUUUUUCUCUAAGAAAAAACUUUUUUUUUUUUUUUUUGGAGUAAUGUGACCAGUAUCAUCACAUUGUACAAUUAUUAGGUCCUGAGUGUCAUUGUUUAUUCGAUGCAAGAGUAAUGUAACUUACUAUGUACUAAACAUUUCUGAAACAAAUUCAGUGUAAAUAAGAUUAUAUUAAAGAAACUAAAUUGCAAA